AUGACGGCAUUCAAUCUCGACCCGGAGCAGAACUGGAGUGAAGGCGCGCCGUGCUCCGACGACGGCACGGGCAGCGGCUUUAAGGGCGUGAUCUGCGACUCCAACGGCAACCCUCGUGCCAUGAUACCCACGCUCGGCAACUCCCUCGUGGGCCUCAGAUCCCUCCCCACCGCCUUCGCCCGCCUCACCACACUCACCAGAUUAGUGCUCAUCAUGGGACUCAUUAACACCAGACUAGACGACUUCGCCAGACCCCUCUCCUGUUUGCCUAACCUAAGACAUUUAGUGUUGGAUGGGAACUCCUUCUAUGGGCCCGUCCCACCUUACCUCAUUAACUCACCCUCUCUAACUGACCUGUCGUUACAAGGCAACAAGCUAACGGGCACAAUAAAGGCCGUGGGUUCCAAGCUCACAGCGCUCUUCCUCUCAGUCAACCUCCUCACUGCCUCACUCUUGCCCGCCUCCCGCCUGCAACACCAGGCUUUUGAGUUGACUAAAAGAAACCCAAUCCUCCCCUUCCCCUCUCCGCCCUCCACUUCCCUCCAACAACCCCCUUCCCCCUCCAGCUCAUUACAGGGCAACAAGCUAACAGGCACAAUAAGGAAAAUCGGACCCAAGCUCACAGCGCUCUUCCUCUCAGUCAACUUCCUCACCGGCCCCCUCCCACCCGCCGCCCGCCGCCUGCGCGUUUGCAACGCCGCCAUGAACUGCCUCUCGCGCACCUCCGGCUGGUUGGAAGUGCAACUCUUGCCCCACCGGAACUUACGCGACGAGAAGAAGAUGCGUUCCAUGCUCCAAACCAUUUAUAAAACCAUUCUAUCACAGAUUCAUAGGCGCCUCUUAUUCGCCAUCCUCCCUGAACCCGACGCACUUCUUGUCACGUUGACGCCUGCCGCAUUACUGACUAGCACUGUCGCACAGUCGCACCGCUGCCACCGUGCGACGGAUCCAAUGUCGCAGCUCACCUCAGCAGCAGCGCUAGUCGCCCGCCCGCUUCCUCCUCCCCCCACCGUUCUUCUCCCUCCCGCAUUCGCGCAACGCCCAGCCGCCCUUCUCCCACGGCGGAAGCAUGCAUCGCCCAAUCACGCGCCUCUUAAACUGCGCGCACCGCUCGUGCUAAGAGCUUCCGCAACCUCCUCGCAGCGCGAGCCGCCAGAGGGCAGCGACUCGCGGCCGCCGCCGCCGCCGCCGCCGCCAAUGAAAGUGAUGAGCCGAUCCGCGAAGAACGUCCGGCGCAUGAUGUCCGCCGCGUCCCCGCCCGCCCUCGGGCAGUUCCGCCCGCCCCCGCUGCCCAUCCCAGGCGCGCCGAUGUUCCCCAUGGGGGCACCUGGGGGAGAAGAUUCGGGGGAAGCGGAGGAGGGGAGGCGGAAGGAGAGGGAGCGGAGGGAGGAGCUGAUCGCGGCAGUGAGAGAGGGGCGUGGCUCCUGGCAGGAGGUCGCUGCUGCUAUCAGGCAGCUACAGCAGGCGGGCAUGACGGCAGAGGAGGUGGCGGAUGUGGCAAUGCUGGCGCAUGGCCGAGUGACCGUGCUUGUCGUCGCUGCUCAGGUGUAUGAGUCGCUGCUGCCAGGCGCACAGGAGGUUGAGGGAGAGGGGCCCGACAGCAGCUUUGACGUGGCGGUAGCGUUUCACGCAGAGCAGAGCGCGGAGCUGCUCUAUGAGCUGCGCACGCUGCCCACGGCCGGCCGACGGCAAGCAGCAGCCUAUGUGGCCCAGCAAGGGCUGGAUGCAGGGGGUGUGAGAGAGCUGGUGCGCGCCAUGAGGGACCAUGCCAGGCGAUCCAACUCCAGAGAG